AUGCUGUGCCUGGUGGCGGCGCUGUGCUGCCUGGAGGCGGCGGCGGCGGCGCGCGGGGGGCGGGUGGUGCCCACGCGCCAGGGAGGCCUGCAGGGCACCCUGCUCGCCGCCUCCGGCCGCCUCCCGCGCGCCGUGGAGCGCUACCUGGGCGUGCCCUACGCCACGCCGCCGCUGGGGGCGGCGCGCCUCGGCCCCACGCGGGCACCGGCGCCGUGGGGCGGCGUGAGGGCCGCCGCGAGAGCCGGGCCCGCCUGCCCCCAGCGCCCGCCCCCGGCGCGGCGCCAGAGCGAGGACUGCCUCCACCUGAACGUGUUCGCGCCCGCCGCAGGCGCUGAGCGGGUUGUGUACCCGGUGCUGGUGCUGCUGCACGGCGAGGACUUCACCCGGGGCUCCGCCGCGGCCCUGGACGGCUCCGUGCUCGCCAGCGUGGGCGGCCUGGUCGUCGUGACGCUCGACUACCGCCUCGGCCCCCUGGGCUUCCUGAACGCCAACCCAGCACCGCGGCGGAGGGCGCGGGUCGCCAACUACGGUCUCAUGGACCAGAUGGCGGCGCUGCACUGGGUGCAGGACAACAUCGCGCAGUUCGGCGGAGACCCAGACAACGUGACGCUGAUGGGCCACGGUGCGGGCGCCGCCUGCGUGCACUUCCUGAUCUCCUCGCCCGCCGUCACGCCGGGCUUGUUCCACAGGGCCGUGCUACUGUCGGGAUCAGCCUUCAGUAGCUGGGCACUUGUGCACAACCCCUCGGAACAUGCUGUCAGCCUGGCAAGGCAGCUUAACUGCUCUGUGCCAGAGGACCUGGAGCGUGACCACGAAGACAUUGUCGACUGCAUCAGGGAUGUGCCUCUGGAGAAACUGCUGCAGGUGGACGUGGAGACGGCGAUGUUCGUGAGCGCCUGGGGGCCCAGCGUUGACGGCGUGGUGGUACAGCCCCUGGAGGAGUGGCCGCCACCCCGUGGUCAGCUCGCCGUGCUGCUGGGCGUAACCACUGCCGAGGACACGCACCUGUUCUCAGAGCACGAGCUGCGCGUGGGUUUCGAUGCAGACCAUCGCGACCAGCUGCUGAGAGCAUAUGUGCGCGCUGCCUACUCGUACCACCUCGCCGAGAUCUUCUACACCGUGAGCAACGAGUACACGGAGUGGGAGCGCACAGCGCUGCAUCCCGCCAACACCCGCGAUGCCACUAUCGCGGCGCUCAGCGACGCCCGCUACGUGGCGCCCGUGGUCGCGGCUGCCGACCUCUUCGCCGGUGGCCCGGCCUACUUCUGUGUCUUCGACCACCCCCAGCGGCCGGCAGAUGCGCGCGGGCAGCUGCUGCGGUUCGCGCUAGGGGCGCCCCUGGCGGACGGCCCCGCCAACUACACCCGGGCUGAGGCUGGGUUGUCGGAGAGCCUGAUUGCCUACCUGGCCUCGUUCGCCGCCUCGGGGGACCCCAACCCAGCAGAGCAGGACGCGGUCCUCCCAGUGUCCCGGGAGAGGAGUCGCUCCAGGGGCCUGCAGUGGCAGCUCUACGAGGGAGUGCAUCAGCGCUACCUGGAGCUGGGCCUGAAGCCGCGCGUGAAGACCCACUACCGCGCGCACCAGCUGUCCGUGUGGCUGCGCCUGGUGCCCGAGCUGGAGCGAGCGGGCCUGGAGGCGGCGCCGCCCCACGGCCGGCUGGCGGACCCCGCCCCCGAGCCGGAGGGCGGCGUGAGCCCCGCCCCCAGCAGCCCGGGCCCGGGGGCGGCGCCCACCUGCGCGCCCGCCGCGCUCGGCGCCCUGGACCCGCCGCCCCCGCCGCCGCCGGCCGCCCCCCUGGGCCUGGCCGUCGCCGCCGGCUGCGGCCUGCUCGCGCUCAACCUGCUGGUGUGCGCCGGCGCGUGCCGCCGCCGCCCGCGCGCCGCCCCCGCCGCCGCCGCUCCGGCGCGCCAGGGCGUCGUGGCCGUCGUGCGGCUGUGCGACGUGCGCGCGUGA